AUGUGCCAAUACCCUCCACAUAUGUACACAUAUGAACCGCACCAGUCCAUACUGAUACCGUACGACGAUGUAUGUACAGCGAGAUUUUCGCUGCCGGAGUUCCACGGCACCACACCCGAGGACCCGGUACGGUUCAUACACAAGGCGGAAUCGGUAUUAUACCAGUCACGGAUAGAUAGGUCGGGCUGGACUAACAUUAUAGAACCGCAGCUGAAGGGCGUGGCCAGUACAUGGUGGAGCACCAUCAGGUUGCUGGACCUCACCUGGGAUGAGUUCCGCGCCGAAUUUUUGGAAAAGUUCGACAACGCGGACAUGCAAUCCCGGCUGCGGGCCGAGAUAGUAUCGGUUAGACAAACGUCCACGCAGACGCUAACGGAGUUUGUGAUAAAAAAAAAUCAACUCGCGCGCCGUAUCAAUACCGGGCUACCUGAACCACAGCUAGUCAGUACGAUAACCGAAUUAACUAGAGAUGAGUACCGUACACACAUACGCCUGCAAAGUCCAGCGACAUUCGCUGACCUUCGCCGGAUCGCGGGCAUCUUGGACUACACACCGGAAGAAAUACCGCCACCACCGCUAUCACUACCGCGACCGAAACCGCAAUACAAACAGGUCGAACAGACCCGUGCAACACGGCAGACCCACCAACCGCGAACACGGGACGGUACAGCUGGAAAACCGCUACCGCCCAACUCAUGCAAACAUUGUGGAGGGCCUCACAGGAACAGUGACUGCCCCGGGUACACACCGGCUUCGGGAAACGGAAACUGA